GUCAUGCUCGGAAUUUCAAAAUAAAAAGAUCGUAGCUAAGAUUUAUCAUCAAAUUUACAGGAAAAAAUAAUUUGAUUUUGUUAAAAUUUUAAUAAGGACAUAAAUAAAUAUGUAACAACCGAGUCAUAUUUUUCAUAACAUUAAAUUGUUUUAUUUCAACCAAUGUAUAAUUAAUCUAUUGAUAAAAGAUAAGUCAAGCAAACACUGGUGUCUUGAUUGCAGAUAAAGUAUUGGGUAUGCAGUAUGUGCUGUAGUUAUGGAACGAUAGACUACUCGUAAAUAAACCACCACACUAAAACCUUCCACCUACUGAGUUGUCACUUUCUACCCCGUCUUUUACUAGGGUGUAUCAACUAGACUAGUUUAUACCUUCGGAUCACCACUUUACAUCAACUCAUCCUUCGUUUUCUUUCAUCAACCGGUCUUCUUUAUCACUGCCAAACUGCUUCGAAAACGAUUCCGCAGGAAGUCGUAAAUGUUUGUAGUUGCACACAAAGUAGUUAAAUGUAAGUAGAUUGCUGACUUAGUUGCAGACUUUAUUAGAGGACACGCCGGAAUAAACUUAGAUAACAUGAUCAAUAGACCUGUUAGUGCAACAACUAGACAAGAAUUCGAAAUGAUCAACAGGGCCCAAAGGGCCUUACAUACUGCCACGGAUUCUAUUGAAAAACUUCGGUUACUUUGUUUAGCUCGUGGAGCCAAUGGUGUUCUUGGAUUAGGCAGAGUAUUUCGAAGAAUGGACGAUGAUGGAAAUAAACAACUGAGUAAAGAAGAACUUGCAAAUGGUCUCAAGGAAAUUGGAUUUGAAUUGGAAGACGGUGAACUUGAUGAGAUCAUGAGCAAGCUUGACACUGAUGGCAGUGGAUCCAUUGAUCUUACAGAAUUUUUAGUUGCCGUGAGACCUCCGAUGUCAGAGAAUCGUAAAAAAGUGAUCGAACAAGCAUUCAAGAAACUUGAUAAGACUGGUGACGGUGAGAUAACAAUCGAUGAUCUUCGAGGGGUUUAUAAUGUCAAGUGUCAUCCUCGAUACAUCAGUGGGGAAGAAAGUGAAGAAAGCAUUAUGAAAAAAUUCCUCGAAAAUUUUGAACAAGACGGCACGAAAGAUGGUGUUGUAACUUAUGAAGAAUUUGAAAAUUAUUAUCGUGCAAUAAGUGCAAGUAUUGAUCACGAUGCGUAUUUCGAUCUGAUGAUUCGUAAUGCUUACAAAUUAUAAAUAAAGAGUUGAAUACACUUUGUUAUAUACA